AUGCUGGCAUGCCAGAUAGUCGAGUAUCAUAAGCCGCACCAGAUCCGCCGGAUCCCAACCCCUCAGACCCUGCGCCCCCAUGAUCUCCUGCUCAAAGUCGCCGUCGCUGCGCUCUGCCACUCCGACCUGGAAUACGUGGACGGCACGCUGGAUAUCCAGCUCCCUGUGACAGCUUCCCACGAGGGCACCGGCGUCGUCGUAGCGAAGGGGAGUGCCAUCACUGACUUUGAGAUCGGCGAUCGUGUUUUGGCGGGCCAGACAUAUGGCCGGUGCGGCGAGUGCGAUGACUGUCAAGGCCCGGAGAACUACCGGCAUUAUUGCGAGAAUAAAUAUAACAUGAUGAGUGUGAAGAGGAACGGCGCCUUUCAGGAAUAUCUCAUCGUUGACGCGCUACAAUCGACCAAGAUCCCGGACGCGAUGUCAUUCCUGACCGCUGCUCCGCUGGCUUGCGCUGGGGUGACUGCUUGGAGGGGCGUCUUGCAGGCGGAGCUCCAGCCUGGGCAGUGGAUCGGUAUCAUUGGUUCAGGGGGUGGGCUAGGGCAUCUGGCUGUUCAAUUCGCGAAAGCCAGGGGUCUGAAGGUAAUUGGUGUUGAUGCACGAGAUGAUGGUUUGGCGCUCUCGAGGGAGGCGGGCGCAGAUAUCGUGCUUGAUGCGAGGAUAGGGAAGGAUCGUGUGGUACACGAGGCCUUCAAGGUCACAGGAGGGAAGGGAGCAGAUGCCACGGUGAACGUCAGUGAUGCAAAGACUGCAGCCGCGACAGCAUGUGCAAUAACGAGGAAACACGGUACGAUGGUUCAGGUUGCUUUGGCCCAUGAACUGGGUAUUCCGUUCGAGGAGUACAUUUUCCGUGAUAUCCGCAUAAAGGGGUCCUUUAUUUGUUCCCAGAAAGAGACAGAAGAGAUGCUGGACGUGGUUGUCAAGCAUAACAUUAAGGUUACCUCCAGCAUCUUUUAUGGAAUCCAAGAGAUACCCAAGAUAGUCGAGCUCCUUCGCGAGGGAAAAUACCAGGGUAAAGGCGUCGUUGUUAUUGAUGAAGAGGCAGUGAGGGGUCGACUCUGUCAGGAGAAUCGAUCCAAUCUAUGA